AUGGCCAUUAUCAACGAACGGCCUGCAUCCGUGAUGCAAAAGAUUGGAGAAAAGCUGCAACAAUCUUUACGGCCGCCCGCCAGGGACGUACGGUGUGAGGGUGAGCGGGAUGAGCAUGGCAUGAAUGCCAACACAGAAUCUCCAGAUGAAUCAUCAGCAAAAACUAUCUGGGCUCUUCUGGCAAUCGUGAGAAUGCUUAUCGAGUCAGGGAAAAUUCAGCGAGUUGUCACAUGCAGCGACAUCCAACAUGCUGCCUUCAAAGGAACAAUGCUUACGGAGAAGGAAAAGAUGCCUCACAUCCUGACGCGUGCACCGCUGGCUGCACUAGCGAACACCAUUGCGACUAUCACUGGCUGCCCAUCUCUCGUCCGGAGUUUGUCCAUCACCUCACAACAAGACCUUCGUUCACUACAGCUGACUGCUGCUGGUGCAUAUGACACGUUUCAUGGACAGUGGGACAUUCCGAUUAAUGAUGCAAGUUGGAUCACGAACUCUUACGACGCGGGAAAAAACAAAGCAAUCACCUUUGGCGCAUUUUUCGAUAUGAGUAGGGUGGAAGCGCUCAUGGACUCUCACGGCCUUCAGUUUGCGUGGAGG